CGUGCAAAGAGUAGACCUUAUUACCCAGUUCAAACACUUUUUCACAUUACAUCUUCAUAGAGCUGCGUUUUAGACAACCAACAACAAUGGAUAGGAAACGAGUGCAACCAGCGGAGAAGAGAAUUCCAACUACCAUCGCUGCUUCCUCGAUGAAGAGGGCAAAAGCCCAAGAGAAAUACCCGGAGGGAAAUAUGUGGUCCAGACAAUCAUCAAGCCAAACAAGUUCAGAGACCGAAUGGCUGGAGCCACAAAAGCAAAAAACUAAUGCCAGGUCGUUCACCCUCAAGGUCGACAUCGCUGAGGACAAGUUUGAUAAACUGGGGGAAAAGAUCGAGCACCUUUCUGUCGCAAUUGAGCGCCUUAUUGAAGUCAUCCAGUUGAGUCAGUAUAGCUGGAAAGAUAAUGCGGAAGAUUAAUUAAUAGUAAGUCUUUGGACCGAAUAAUAUUUCAAGAUUCUGAUAAAUGUUGGUAGUUUCGCUCUGCAGCACUUAAUUAACCAAGGACGACUUGCCCGUUUUUAAAUCUAUUGUCUGUGUUUUUUCUUCAAUGUUGAACCUUUGUGGUACCGGCCGAUUGUGUACUUUAUCUAUUUACAGUUUUAAUG